CCGCCGCUGCGCGGAAAGUGGGUGGGAAAGGCGAGCUAAGGCCCAAAGCCUGGGGCUGGAUUUGUGCGGUGAUUCCGGAGUAGGGUGGGGGGUAGGGCACGGCGGCCCAGGAUGGCUUCGGCAGCAGCAGAGGGGUUCACUGGACUGGAGCGGAACUGCUGGGUAUGCUUUGCCACUGACCUUGAUGAUCGGUCUGCAGAAUGGGUAAGCCCAUGUCGGUGUAAAGGAUCCACAAAAUGGAUACACCAGGCAUGCCUACAACGAUGGCUGGAUGAGAAGCAGAAGGGGAACAGCACAGGUCGAGUGGCAUGUCCACAGUGCAACACUGAAUAUUUGAUAGUCUUCCCAAAGUUAGGUCCAGUUGUUUACUCCUUGCAUCAAGUUGACCGCAUUCUGUCAAAAGCCAGCCCUUUUGCAGCAGCCAGCAUUGUGGUGGGGACCGUGUAUUGGUCUGCAGUGACGUAUGGAGCAGUGACAGUAAUGCAGGUUGUCGGACACAAGAAAGGUUUGGACCUAAUGGAGCGGGCAGACCCACUGUUCCUGCUGAUGGGCCUGCCCACCAUUCCUGUGAUGCUUAUUCUGGCCAAGAUGAUCCGGUGGGAGGACUUUGUGCUUCGCAUGUGGCGAAAAUACUCCAGCAAGCUGCAAGUUCUCAGUAACAUUUUCCCAGGUUUAGGAUGCCCCAUUCCUCGUGUACCAGCUGAGACGAGCUAUCAGAGUGACCACAUGUCCGUCUCCCGCAUCUUGUGUGGUGCCCUUGUGUUCCCCACAAUCUCCAGCAUGGUCGGCAAGCUCCUGUUCAGUGGUGUGCACUCCAAUCUCCAGCGAACUAUCUUGGGCGGGAUUGCCUUCAUUGCCAUCAAAGGGGCCUUGAAGGUUUACUUCAGACAACAGCAAUAUUUGAUCCAAGCAAACCGCCGGAUUCUCAACUACCCUGAGCAAGAAGAUGACCAGGAAGAACUCCAGGCAGGCUACGAGGACUCUGGAAGUGACUAAAGUGGUGAUUUGCUGAGAAUGGAGCAGGUGUGAGCUGUGAGAGACUCUUUUCACUUCAGCCCCUAACGGAAUUGGCACUCUGGGACGUCACUGUGCUUCUGGGUAGCUGACCUCAAAUCCAGCCCCAGUUGUUCUGGUCCCACUGAUUUCUUUUUAGACAUGGACUGAAUAUCUCUGCUCGUUUUUUAAUUGGCAUUACAUUGUUUAAUCUCCUUUACUAUUUUUUUCCACAUUUCAAACUUCUCAGCACUUUCCUGCGAGCGGCCAGGGUCUCGAGCAGUGCCUUGCUUGAGACUUGCUAUGGACGUGCACCAUGGCCGGGCGCGAUUUCUCUGACUGUAGGGUGCAGAGUUCUAAUUGUGCCCCCUCGGUGCCUGUCUGAAAGCUGGGAGAACUUGUAUGUUGAACAGCAUUCUCAUGGCAUUUGCUCGAGAGGAGAAAGCACUCAAUCUCAGGAAACACGUGGCUGUGCAGAUUAUAAAAGAGAUGGGCACAGAGUAUCAGAAACAUGGGUGGGAUCUGAAGUGAUCUCUGUGGACCUUGUAAGCAAAUUCGAUUCUUGGCAACUCUUAGUGCAGACUUUUAAAAUUCUUUUGCCAGGUGCUGUGAUAUUUCAGGUCACAAGGAAGAAGGAAAUGUAGUGACAAGUUAAGCUUGGCAUUCAAUGGAGUUUCACAAGCUUCUGCCCCACAGAGGGAAUUUUAAUGCUCUUGCAUGUGGCUGAAACAAGCAUAUCAAAAUAAGUGACUUAAUUUUAUAAAUGUAUAUUUAAAUGUUGGAUAGUUUAGUGUGUGUUUUUUUUUCUAAACCCACAGGAAAUAUUUAUUUUUAAUAGAAUUUUCUGUUUUCCCUGCUGUGGCAGCCUGAAUAAGUAGCCUGUUUAUGCAAAGCUACUUCUAAUAACAAAGAUUGAAUAAAAUUAGGCUUCUCAGUAAGUUGAAUUUAAUAAAAAAUGCCAGCUCUGAUUUGUUGCUUCCUUUGGCAUUAAUAAUGUACUGGAAUGAGUCUUGUUAUCAGGGUCUCUUUCUGUGUCUGUGUGUCUCUCUCUCUCUCUCUGCUUAAUUUCUGUGCAUGUGGAUUGGCUAUUUCAGCACCCUGAGUUGAAGAAUGAAGCAAGAGCAAUAGGGUAACUGGUCUGCAGAAUCACAAAGCAGUAUAGAUUCUUUGCCUUCUCCACUACAGUGUCUGUUCAGGUAGUUUGCCAAUGCUUGGAAGGUGUGCCCCAGUUACUCUGGGGAAGCACAUGGAGAAAACGAUGCAGAGGUAAGAGAUGCGCACUUUGAAUUUGGCCGAGCCAUCUGAGUUCCUCCCAGUUCUGGCCCCUUUGAUAGCACUGAUUUUUCAUUGCGCCGUCAUUGAUGACUGGGCUUUUAGCUGCCCAGGAUCCAAACUGUGGAAUUCACCUCCAGAGCUUCACUGCAUUUCCCCUGCUGCACUUCAACCUCACUCUUGUCCUUCAAGAAGCUUGCUAAAUCUUGUACCAAGCUUAUGCUCAUCUACGUUAAUUUUUUCUUUUGUCACUCUAUGUCAAACUUUGUUGCGUGUAGCAGUAUUGUAUGUUUAGCCAUGUUAGAGGUGGUAUUGCAACCAAGUUGUUGCUGACAUGUCAGUGAAACAUACCUUCCUUGUAGCUUUGACUUUUUCAUCCUGAACUCCAGAACAUGAAGUCAGCAGGGCUAUCCUGUGACUGGAUUGUUCCACUGUCCUCUGGAUUAGGUGCAAGAGUGAGCCACUGGUUUAUGAAUAUUGAUUUCCAAAAGCUUCUCAUGCUGAAAUCUACCAUGACUUUAUUUGAAGUUAGCUCCCACUGUUUCCUAUUGCAUCCUGCAAAUUGCCUGUGGAAAGAACUGCCCAAAUUCCUGUAGGACUUUCAGUCUAAUGUUACUGUUUUAAAAAACAGUCCAAAUGUCAAUUAAGCACUAAAGUCUUGAUGAAAAAAGUGAGCACCAGGGGUAUUGAUCAAUAAAAAACACUUGAUCUUCAAUAUGUCCUUUGGCAAUGUCCAGUCCCUGUACACCUGCAUUCCGCAUGGAGAUGGCCUCAAGGCCCUCCGCUUCUUCCUGUCCCGCAGGCCCGACCAGGCCCCCUCCACCGACACUCUCAUCCGCCUAGCGGAACUCGUCCUCACACUCAA